AUGGCUCCCAUUCGGGAUUCCGUCAGCCAUUCUCCUAAUCAGACAGGCUUGGAACACCCCGGCUUGGACUCGCAGUAUGAGCCCUCUCCCUGGUCUUCUGGCUCUCCGUGCAGUGGUGACAGCAACAGCAACUGGGGAAAGGUCCUAGUGGACAGCAGCACAGACAAAGCCAACAACCCUUCCUCAACUAAUUCUUCUGUCUGGCCCCCUUCGUCUUCUUCAUUUUCUUGUUCGUCGUCUUCUUCCUCUGGCUGCGGGUCAGGGUCAGACCCCGAGUUAGCGCCAGAAUGCAUGGAUGCCGACUGUAGUCCGUCAACUGGCUCGGAGAAUAACUUUGCCGGAAUUGCUGUGACAACUGGGAUGAUGUCGGCAAAUGUUUCUUCCUCUGAGUCUUCUCCAACAUUCACUCCUUCCUCUGCCAUGAUGGUUGGCGUUUCACUGAACGGAGACAGCAACGGCAAUGGUUGUCAGGUUAACGGUGGAGGAGUUGGAACAAUCUGUGGCGCAAAAAAUGGAAAUGGCAACAUUACUGGACACUCUCACUUUUCUGUGUCUGGGUCUGGCAGUAUUGGCAGCAAUAACAUGGGUAACCACAACAAGCUUGUUAAUAACAGCAGUGUUUGGUGCACCCAGUCAGGCAACACCAUGAUGACUUCCAGCGAAAGCACCGCCUGCAUAAAUGGAGGAUCAACUCCAAAUACCAUACCCCCAAAUGCCAACCAUGGUGCCUGGCCACAAAAUUUAACCCCAAGCCCAGUGUCCCUGGGCCAAAGGUCACUACAGCCUCAGGGGAUGAAUUCAAAAUUAGGUAUAGCACCCCAACAGGGCCCCUUGCUUGGGUGGGGUGGCAUGGCAGCUCAAGAUAAAACCAGUAUGAUGGAAGACACUGAGGUAAAUAAUGGUACAUCAAGCAGCAAUGUGUUAGAAAGCAGCAGCAGUGGAAAUGGUGGUCUGCAGCCCGCCAAUCUUAACACUGAAUCAAAUGGACCAAAUAACACUAUGACGAUGAAUACUACUACUACUUCUACUACUACUAUUAACACAACAAUGACCUCUAGUCCACCAAACUCUAUUGCUUCACCUCAAUUGAGCGGGGAAUGUUCCUGGGGCUCAAUUGGAGGAGCAGGGGGUGGUGGUCUGCUGCCCAAUGGAAACCCUUCAUCUGCCCCCCAGCAUCCCCACGGAGAGAUGGGGACUCCCGGAACCUAUGGUACGCCUUGGGACGCAUCUACCUACUCUGGAGAUAAGGGUCCCCCAAAUUCAGACACUGUGAACUCACAAACCCCUGCCUUAAUGCAGGUUGGGAAUUCCCAAAUGUCCUCUACUGCUGCUUUUAAGAGUAAUAAUAACCACCAUAGCACUGGGGGCUCACGCUGGGAUCAGGGGCCUGCCAGUAACCCAAAUCCAAGUCAGAGCAACAACCCCUGGGGUAUCAGUACAAAUCAAAUCCCAGGCCCUACAGGGCAAAUGCCAGGCACUCUGAACCAAACUACAAUGAACCCUCCUUUAGGCGUACCUCGCCCCUGGGGAAGUAGUGCAUCCUCCUCCUCCUCCUCCUCCUCCUCUUCUUCCACGUGCAACAAGAUGUCAAAUGGGGAGUGGACAACAACCCAUGGGAACAACCAUUCAGAUGCUGAAAGUCAUAAAGGAAGUGCUGCUAACAAUGGUUGGAAGAGCCUGGAGGAUGAUGCCAUGGGCAUGGGAGGUGGAGGGCCUGGUAGCGCAAGCCUGCCAGGCGUAUCAGGAGGCUGGAGCCGCUCCGGUGGAAGUGAGGGAAGUGCAGAAAGUUCUGGAGGCCAAUCCAGCUCAGACAGAGAGAAUGUCCUCUCAAAAGGCGGGAACCGGAGAAAAGGGAACAGUCCGGCACCUUUCAUGUCACUGCAGAGUCGAACUGAUGUGGACCCAAGAGUUCUAUCCAACACUGGAUGGGGACAAACACCCAUUCGACAGAACACUGCUUGGGAUGUUAGUUCCACCAACAAGCAGCAACUGGCUCUCAAAGGAGAUGAAAGAAAACGCUCUGGCUGGGGAACAGCAGCACCAACACAGGCAGCUCCUACCCAGACCUCUGGAGGUUGGGGUGACGGUCCAACUUGUGUGGGCCCAGAUACAGGAAACUCUGGUUGGGGUGAACAGAGACCAACCUCUGGGUGGGAUAACAAAGGUUCUUCCAUGGGCUGGGACAAUGAAUCCGGUUACAAAGGGGGAAACGACAUUCGCAAAGAUGACAGAUCCAAUACAUGGACUAAUGUGCCCAAACAGCAGCAGGGCUGGGGUUCUAAUAAUGGCAAUGGAGAUGAAAGCUGGGCUACUGCUGGAGAUAGUUCCAGAACAGUGUCUAACAACCACUGGGGAGAUCCCCACAAAGGUUCUGGAUCAGUAGGUUGGGACAGCGACAGUGACAGAUCAGGUUCUGGAUGCUGGAGUGAGCCAGGGCGAACCAAUACUAGCAGCAGUAACACCUGGGGAGGAAGUGGAGGAUCAAAUACUCCAGACCAGAGUACUCCCAACCCAGGCUCUAACUGGAACGACUCUAAGCCGAACCUUCAAAAUAAAAACCAGGGUUGGGGCGAACCAAUGAAGAGCAACCAGGGUUCCCAGAACUGGGGCGACACCAAUUCUAAGUCUUCCUAUACUUCCAACGAGUGGGGCAAAGGUCCUGAAUCCAGCAUGUCAAGGACCAACAACAAGCCUACAGGCUGGUUGGGAGGUCCAAUGCCUACAAUGGGUCAAAAGAAUGAUGCAGCAACUGGGUGGGAAGAACCUUCUCCAGAAUCUGUUCGUCGACGGAUGGAGAUAGAUGAUGGAACUGCAGCUUGGGGUGAUCCUGUGAAAUACCAUGGUGGAGCUGUCAACAUGUGGAACAGAACUGGCCAGUCAGACCAGGACAACAUGGGCCCAUCUUCUCAACACCAGGCUCACCCAUUACAUAGCUCGACACAUCAUUCUCAGUCCAUGCAGCCUCAUGGACAAGACAAAUGUAGCAGUUCAGGUUGGGGUGAGCCUUAUCCCCAGCAGAAGGAGUCUUCAACAUGGGGUGAACCCACAUCUGCUCCACCUGUGACGGUGGACAAUGGAACAUCUGCCUGGGGGAAACCAGUGGACACUCGCUCUAAUUGGAAUGAAUCCACCAGGGAUAAUAGAGAGCCUGCAUCUGGAUGGGGAGCUCGUCAUAAGUCUGGUCUUGGUUCCAAACCAAUGGAGACAUGGUGUGGUGAUGAGUCUAUGAGUAACAGUUGGGAUCAGGAAGAGGAAGUAGAAAUUGGUAUGUGGACUAACAACCCACAGGACAAUAGGUCACAUGACCAAAACAACUGGUACUACAAGCACAAGGGAUCCUGUAAGAUGAAUAAACCAGUCAACAAACCAGACGAGCCAUGGAUAAAACCUUUCAUGAACCAGUUCAACAACAUGAGCUUUUCUCGAGAUUCCCCUGACGAUUCCAUGAAAACUGGAGCAGGUAUGAUGCAGGACAAGCGCAUGGACACAAUGGACUUCAGUGGCGUAAUGGGGAAGAACCCUGGGUCUCAACACCAGCUCCCCAAAGAGUCCCCUAUGGAUCGCAGCUCUUACUAUGACAAGCUGUCUUUUCCUCACGCUGCUUCCGAUGAGCAUUGCUCCAAUCAAAGCAUGAGCAUUUCCCCUUCCAAUUCCACUCAAAUUAGCCUGUGUCUCGACUCUGGGCCAUCUCCUGCCCACUCUAGUCCCAGAGUUUCUCAGCAGAAUGUAAACCCAAUGUUGGGUGGCAGCGGCUUAACACAGGGCCGCGGUGGACUGCAAUCUCAACUCCCUCAUCCCAACUUCCGUAACCAAGUGCCUCCUCCCAUCAUGCCCUCUCAGGUCCCUCCACCCCUGUUGAAAUACCCAGGUGGUAAUGGAGCCCUGAACCCUCUGUUAGGCCCUCAGCAGGUGGCUGUGCUUAACCAGCUCUCUCAACUCAACCAACUCAACCAGCUCCAGCGUCUUAUCCUCCUCCAGCAGCAGCAGCAGCAACAACAACAGCAGCAACAGAAGGCUCAGAGCCAGAGAGUGAUGCCUGUGGGACGACAACCUGAGCAGACACGUCCUAUUGGUUCAUCUCCAUCAAUGAUGCAGCCACCGCGUCAUCUGGACCCUUCUUUGCUGAAACAGUCCCCGGCCCUCAAGCCAUACCUGGAUAGCUACUUGCCCCACAAUAGCCCCGACGUGCAGAAGGAUCCUUCCCCUCUUGGGUCCUUCAGCAACUUCCCUUUAAGCUUGAACUCAAACCUGAAUGUAUCCCUGGACAUGGGUGUUGGUACUAAUGCUGGCGGAGCUUUAGGCUAUAAAGAACCGUCCCAGUCCAGACUGAAGAAACUGUGGGUUGCUGACCCUCUGGAGCAGAACAGCAAAUCUGGUGCUAUUUCGUCAGGGCUGCGUCUGGAGGAUUCUCCCUUUUAUGACUUCCUGUCCCCUGGCCCAUCUCCUCUGAGCCCUCCCGGCCAAUCAAUGGGCUCAGUAGGUGACGGCUGGCCGUCCCGUGCCAAUUCUCCCCCGCCCCAUGGAAACACUGUCACAUGGCCCCCAGAGUUCCGACCUGGCGAACCUUGGAAAGGCUACCCCAACAUUGACCCUGAGACUGACCCUUAUGUGACCCCCGGUAGUGUCAUUAAUAACCUCUCCAUCAACACCGUCCGUGACACAGACCACCUCAGGGACAGGAACAAUGGGCCAUCUUCAUCACUGAACACCACGAUGCCUUCUAACAGUGCCUGGUCAUCCAUUCGUGCCUCCAGCCACAGCGGUUCCCUCACCAGUACAGCACAAAGCACUUCAGCCAGACCCAGUGAGUCAAAGUGGUCUCCCGGCGUUGGUUCCGUGUCUAACUCUUCUCUGGCCCAUGAGCUGUGGAAGGUCCCCCUGCCUCCCAAGGCGCUGUCGGUGGCGGCCCCUUCCAGACCGCCGCCUGGCCUCACCAGUCAGAAGCCCGGCUCGGCCUCCUCCGGCUGGGAUGGCUCAAUCCUGAGGCUGGGUGGGUGGGGCUCCACUGACUCCACAUAUGCACCUGGUUCCAGUUGGGGUGACAGCAGCAGCUCAGGGAGAACCCAAUGGCUUGUCCUGAAAAACCUCACACCUCAGAUUGACGGCUCUACUCUGAGGACUCUGUGUAUGCAGCAUGGCCCUCUGAUCACAUUCCACCUCAACCUUCCACAUGGUAAUGCUGUGGUUUGCUACAGCUCCAAGGAUGAGGCUGCCAAGGCCCAGAAGAGCCUGCACAUGUGUGUUUUGGGGAACACGACUAUUCUGGCCAAGUUUGCCAGCGAGGAGGAAAUCAACCGUUUCUUUGCACAAGGGCAGUCUUUGGCCACUCCCUCCUCCGCCUGGCAGGCCAUGGGCGCGUCUCAGAGCAGAAUGGAUCAGUCUCACCCUUUCCCCAGCCGGGCCGCCGAGCCCGGCCAAUGGAAUGGCGGUGAUCUCCACGGCUCCUCCCUCUGGGGCGGGCCCAACUAUUCCAGUAGCCUUUGGGGGAGCCCCAGCGGCACGGAGGCAGGACGGAUAGGCAGCCCUUCUCCGAUCAGCUUCCUCCCGGUGGAUCACCUGGCGGGCGCCGGGGACUCCAUUUGA